UAGAGAAAAAUGGCAGUUAAGAAAGCCAAAUUCGAUGAAUUCAAAAGGGAAUUAUUCAGAUUCGACAGAUUCGAGGGCCAGUCUGAGAACUAGAGAAAGUUCAAUUCAAAGGCAAAUUCUUGAAAAUUCCAAGUACAAUUCGAAGAGCCAAGCAGAGACGAAGAACAUUGGCACAGAGGCCAAAGAAGGAAAGAAGUCUUGGGUUCAUAAGAUGAUUUGGGGAAAAUAA